AUGGAGGAUGAGGCCGAAAGGCAACGACAGGGGGCAGCGUCCCUUCGCAAGUUCCUGCAGAUGCAGCAGGCCGCAGGGUUGGCGGUUCCUGGAAUGGAGAUGUUGGCACAGAUCUCGCAACCGACGCGCGGCAAGCCAAGUUCCAUGGUGAUUGGCACCAAUGAAGGAGACGGGCGCAUCAAUGCAGCGCCGUCCCGGAAGGAAUGUGGCACGCUUUCUCCUGUGACGAAGCAGUCGACUGCGGUGACGCUGAAGGCGGACGAUUCCAGGCAGAGCUCAGUGGAAGCGCUUGCCGAGAACGGGGACGCCGAGGCAGAGGAGCGGCGAACCACAGCCUCACCAGACGAGGCAGCCGGCAUCAGCGCUCCGACAAUCAUGGGUCCGGAAGGCUUUGCGAUCCACUCACGGCCCAACGCAGCCUUGCGACGUCGAGAGGCCUUAAACCAACAAGGGCCAGGACCCAACUCUUGUUCAGGAACCAAACGUGUGGCUUCGAAGCAGAAGGGCUGCGGAUCAUUUAUGGGCGACCAAAAUCGGCGAGUGCAAGCAGCACCCUGUAAGCGUACUCGAGCUGUCUGUGCUGACUUCGUAUCUGUUCCGCGUGUUUUCGCGCCUGCUUUCUACGAAGAGUUCAGCAUCAUCGAGCUGCACACGCUUCUUUCCGGUAUGACUGACUGGACGCACGACGCCAUGUGUCUCCAUGGGCCGCACGCUGCUAAAAAGAAUGGCGAUAAGAAGGCCAAAAAAGCCUCAAAGAAAGAGGCCAAAAAGGCCAAAAAGGAAGCGAAGAAAGCCAAAAAACUUGCGAAGCAGAUAAAGAAACUCGAGGAGGAAGUGGAGAAGCGGAAACGCCAAAUCAAAGGUGAGGUGCAGGAGAAGAAAAAGAAGAAGAAAUCGUCGUCCUCCUCGUCUUCUUCAGCCGCCAAGAAGCAAAAGAAAGGCCCCAAUAGGCUCUUGAACGAAAGUGCCGAGCAGCCGCCAGCCGCACCAGAGGAGCACCACGUCAGCCAGACAGCGCACGAGGACGCAGCCAGAUGCACUCGCGUGACGCGCUCAAGUCAAAGUACCGGCUCCAAGGACAUGCAGUGGUUUGGCGGCGAUGCGGGAGACGGCGAGCAGGAAAGGUCACCAGAACCCGAGCAGCCCGAGCCGGAGCAGUCCAGCUCCGAGGAGUCCAACCCAGAGGUCCACGAGGCAGUCUGCGAUCACUGCGCGAUGGAGCCGAUCGUCGGUCCUCGCUUCAAGUGUGCGAUCUGCGAGGAUGUGAGCCUCUGCAGAAAGUGUUACAAGCGGCGGCAGGAGAUCCACAGACCCAGCCACCGUUUCUUCGCGAUGAAGCCCAUGCAGAAACCUCGAGGAGGUGACGGCACUGACCAAUUGACCACGGCGACGGCGACGAGAGCCCAGAAAGCUCCUGUUCCUGUUCCAGCCACGGACGUGUCUGGCGCGCCUGCAGAGACGGGCCCUCAGGGCCCUCUUGGCUUUGUGGCUCUGCCACCGGCGGUUCCUGUGCCCAUUGUUCCUGCCGUGGCACAAGAAGUAGCAUCGCAGAUGCAAGCACGCUUCCUCGACAUGGGAAAGACUUAUGCGAAAAGUUGGCAGGAGUCCGUCCCGUUGCUGCAAGAUCUUUCAUCGAAAAGGGCCGUGAAGGUGCCCAAGCCGGAGCCAAGCACGAAGGUCGGCAAGCAGAUGGUCCGUGGUGCGACUUGCGGACUUUGCCUUCAACAGGUCGUGGACUCCGAAAGCGGUGUCCUGUGCUUCCGGAUUCGGGCGGAUGGGACAGCUGCUGGUUGCAGCAAGAGCGUGUGCUUCCCUUGCAUGGCCCGCGCCUCCUCCCGCAUGUUUGGAAAGGUCCGUGUGAACAAGGAGAUCUGGGUGGCCAUGGGGGCACAAGCUUGGUGGAUGCACGAGCGGUGCAUGACAUCAGAAGAAGUCACGGAGCACGCUGAGCUGGUGAAGUCCACUGGUUUGGAGGAAAGCCUCAAGGUGAGCGCAAAGCUCCCGAAGGGCUGGAUCAGCAAGAUUUCCAAAACCACUGGCAAGGUUUACUACGUCAACGCACAGAAAGGGAAGACACAGUGGACGCUGCCAGAAGAGGAGGUCGAAGAGACCGAAGAGAGCCAAGAUCAGCCCCAGCAUGAUGAAGUGCCGAAAGCUGAAACUGAAGACAAUGAAGCCGAGAAGCCGCAGAAUGACCAAGAAGAGCUGACAGAGCUUUGA